AUGAGCGGCCCCGACAAGAGUCUACUGGACCGCCUGAGCGCGUUGAAGGGCGGCAGUCCCGGAGUGUCAAUGGACAGGUCAUCAAAUGCCCUGAAUGUCUCCCUCACGGGCAUCGAGCCAGCAAAGCCGCCCUCGAGGGAAGAUGCACUGGCCGCUCGGUUGAGGUCCCUGAGAAACACACCCGAGCGCGAGGAACCGCCGCCCCAGCAGACCGCAAAGGUCACCACACCAGCGAGCUCUCGUCUCGGUCAGCAGCUUCAGUCUCCGGCGUCCCCAUCGCGGGGAUGGUCCCACACGGGAGGACCUGGAUCAGCAGCAGCAGCACCGCCCCAGUCCCAGCCGCAGCAGCAUCAGUCCUCAAGAUCGCCCGCGCCGUCGUCCACCACCGCUCCGGCUCCGGCGGCUCCGACGGUAGAAGCGGGGGACGAUGACGUCGAUCCCCUCCUGCAGACGGAUGACCAGACCCUCGAGGAUCUGCUUAGCGAUGAGGACUUUGGUGGUUCGCCGCAGCAGUGGCAAUCUCACUCCACCGACGAUGAUUCCGCCAAGGUGAACGCCCUUCUAGAAGAGCUUUCGAAGACUUCGGUGGAUCCGUCUAGGGGCAAUGGGCGAGAUGGCUCUGCUGACGGUCGAGACGAUGAUGAUGAUAAUUCGGAUGGUGGAAAAAUGGGCCGCGAGGUGGAUGACUUACUCUCACAGGCUGUAGAGGAGGCGAGAUACAACUCUCGGCAUGAGCCCAUUCUAACAACGUCGGGCGACGAGUACGGAGGCCAAGAUGCCUCACGAGACGAUCGUCAAGGUGAUGGCGGCACAGAUCUCUCCCUCCCCUCAGUACCCUCAACCAUCGCUGCCCCAAAGGCAGACAACGAAGCCCAGGGCGGCGGCCUCCCCGACCUAGGACUCCCCUCUGUGCCGUCUAACGCGCCCAAACAUGAUGCUGCAUCAAAUUUUGACAACGACAUCGCGGCCCGCAUGGCCGCGCUCAGCGGUCUCGGAGGACCCUCGUCAGACGACGCUGGUGGUAUGGGUCUCCCCUCCGUCCCGACAUUCCAGCCCGCAGACCGGUCCGUGAAGCAGAAGCGUCUGACGUCCAAGACGGGCUACACAGACGAGGACGCCGCGACGUGGUGUACGGUCUGCCUGGAGGACGGCACGUUACAGUGCCUCGGCUGCGCGGAUGUCUACUGCACCAGGUGCUGGCACGAGAUGCACAUCGGCCCAGCGGCGGCCUUUGACGACCGGACGCACAAGGCCGUCCGGUUCGUCAAGCCGGGGAAGGACAGCGAGAGACGGGUCAUGCUGGGAGCGUCAUGA